GUUUGUCGGUCCCGGAAUUUAAAAGCGCACCCUCCGUCGCUACAACCGCAUCCUCCACAAUCAACCUUCACUUCCGUCUCACAACCAACGCUUCUCAACACAUCGUUUCCAACAAGAUCGAUUCUGUAUAAAAUCACUAGACUCACACAUCUCUCAUCACCAAAUACAAGACUACACAAUGGCCGAACCGCGUGGCGCAUGGGGUAGACCUCGUGGAGGAGCAGCACGCACACCUCAAUCCCGAUCUUCGAACGCCUCGCCCGCUCCUACAUCUUCGGCUGCGGCACCUGCGAAGCCUGCCGCAUCACCUGCUCCAACUCCCGUGCCUGCAGGCAACGUCUGGGCUGCCAGAGCGGCAGCGCAGAAAGCUCCUGCUGCGCCAACAAAGAAAGAGAAAAGCACUCCUGCUGCGACGCAAGCGAAAGAGGAAGGCUCACUGAAGAAGCGGCCUGCAUGGGCAACGGACAAAACUUCUUCGCCGAACUGGCCAAACAGGUUGCAGCGCUCCAAGCUAAGGACGCACCCCAGAAGGCAAAAUAAACACCACGACAAAACGAGCUUUCACCAAGAAACACACAGUGACGAUACCAUACACGAUCUAUAAUUCCAGCCACCCUUCCACACCCAAGAUGCCCCCAUCGUCAGCGCUCGGAUCCAUGGACCAAGUUUUGAUCGGACGCACC